AUGCAAUCCUCAGGUGAUAUGGCCGCCCCGGAGGAGGUACUUCUUUUGUCUGAAUCCGAGGAAGAACCCAUGUUGUUCGACUCCGUGACUGAUCCUGGUUUGGAUUCGAUGGCCGAGGAACCGCGGGGGAUAGCCUCGCGCUAUGGUGAUUCUCUAGUCGGAGCCUUCUGGGCGGUUGAAGAUAGGGCCCCCAGUAGUUUAAGGAAUUGGGCGGCCAGUUGCCUGUCUGCGACUGAGAGGAUAUGCUCCAGGUUUAGUGGUGAUCGAUUCUCCAUGUAUGAAUAUCAACAACAACCCUAUUGUUCUCAAGAAAAUACUAUGACAAACAAGAAAAUGGAUUCUACUCCACUUUCACACACUCUCAUCCCUUUCCAAGUCAACCUUACUCCCUCGCAAAAAAAUCAUCAAAAAUUAACCGAGGUUGAUUACUUUAAGAAUUACAACGACAAUGAUCACAAUAAGGUUGAUGUCUCUCUAUCUGCCUCUACCGCUGCUGUCUCUGUCCUUGACAUUGAUCAUACCAACAUGCCGUCUUUGUUAGAUUUCAAACUAAGCAUUGGCAGUGGUCUCGAUCAAAAUCAUCUCGCUAUCAAUGAUGCUAGUGAUCAAGAUGAUAAUGACAUGUCAUCUAAAUCUCAUGACAAAAACACUAAGAAUGAGAUGGCUGUUCUUCGAGGCAAACUUGCUCGAAUGAAAAUGGAAAAUUGUCGAUUGAGUUUCAUGCUUGAUCAGCUUCAAACACAGUAUGAUACCUUGCAAAUACGUUUUGAGAAAAUGAAACAGGACAAGAAGGCCAAGAAAGUUGAACAACAAGAAAGGUUUGAUAGAAAACUUGGAAAUAAAAGGAAAUUUGAGAACGAUGGAGUAUCAGUUUCAAGAGAUUUUUUGGAGUCUGGAUUGGCUAUUAAUGCAGAUACUGGGGUGGAUCCUGAACCCUCUUCUUCAAGAACAAGAAAUUAUGAUGGAUUGGGAUCCACGCCUGAGAACAACAUUGAAGUUGCCUCCAAAGAGUUAGUCCUAACUAAGAAUGGGAAAGUUAGUGAUGAAGAAAAGAAUGACUAUGGUAAAGGAACUAAAGGAGAGGAUAAUCAUGUUGGUCAUGCUGAGAGAUUUCAAAACCCGAGUCCUCUUAACUAUGCUCCAACCUUUGUUAAUGAUGAUUCAACUGAUGUUGCUGCAAUCUUGACGAGAGCAAGAGUUUCUAUUAGAGCUAGAUCAGAUGGAAUCAUGGUUUCUGAUGGAUGCAAGUGGAGGAAGUAUGGACAGAAAAUAGUGAAAGGAGAGCCGAGUCCUCGUGCUUAUUAUAGGUGCAGCAUGGUUAGGGGUUGCCCAGUUAGAAAACAGGUACAAAAGUGUGCUAAAGACAAUAAAGUGGUAAUCACAACAUAUGAAGGCUAUCAUAACCAUACUUUACCUCCAGCAGCCAUGGAAAUUGCACAAACAACUGCAGCAGCUGCAAGAAUGCUUCUUUUAGAAUCAACUUCAAGCAAAGAUGGAACAACAAAUCCAAAUAUUCCUGGUUCUACAAGUCUUGCAACUAUCUCAACUUCUGCUCCGUUUCGGUCUAUAACACUUGACUUUACACAAACUUCAAAUCCUUUGCAACUCCAAAUGCCUCAAAAUUAG